GCGGGACUUUGGCGGCUAGAGCUUGGUCGAAGCCGUGAGGCCUGGCUUCAGCCCCGGGCCAUCAGGUUCCUUGAUCCUUUUUCUUCAUCUUUGCUGUGAGGCCUCGUGCGAAAGCAAGCCUGUUUGUCCAGUCCUUCUCCAUUUACAAGCACUUCCGCACCACGGUCCGCAUCACCCCAGUUGAUCCGAUGGGCGGGCGCCCUGGACCGAGCAAGAGUGAAGAAGCAGGAGAAGCGUGAGGCCCGCCGAUCCAGACAGGCGUCGCAUCCGAGGACCCUUGAGAUGAAAAAUUAGAGCCAUGGACCUCCCGACCUGAGCCCAAGGCAGCCUCUGCAUCAGCGACCCCCCAGCUCAGACGCUGACCUCAAGUAUUCGGGCCGCACACGUUCCAGGAGUGACAGGGGUGAUUCUCUAUCGAUGGACGCGGCCUCUUCUGAUCCCCCGAGCUGGAUGACGCAGCUGAUCGUAGGCAUCAAGGUCCCAAUCAAUCGGACUGUGUCGUUCGAGCAGACGUUUUCCCAGGAAGCCCAAGCGACCCAGUCAGCCAUGGACGUCGCCGACCAAAACGUGCAGAAGCUCAACUCCCGCAUUACCAACAUGGAAAGCUAGCCAGCCCGAGCCCGACUCCAAGCUGCAGCGCAUCACGGACGACAGGGCCAGACCGGGGAGUCACCCCACACCGGCUGCCUCCGCGCGCUGCCCCCACACCACCUCCGGGCCGUUCCUCGCGCCCCCCCCUAUCAAGACAGGCAGCCAGUGGCAGAGCUCACCGUGUUAUCGCUGCUGGUUCCCAUCGGAAGAUGACGCAGGUUUCUUUGGAGCGGGCUGCUGGCAUGGUGUUGAUGGCUGACGCACCACAGGAUCGACAGCGACCGACUGCUGGAACACGCGAUGCGACAAGGAAGACCACACGCGGCGCUGCUGACUCACCGAAGGCCCCCGACUUCCUCGGCACGAUGACCUCCCAGCCUCCGAUCUUCUUCCCCGACCCGAUCUACCCGAGCCAGCAGAUCCUGCUGCGGGCCAGGAGGGAUCUCGAGCCGGACCCUCGCCUCCUGCUCGCGGCCACGCGCAGGAGCUCGCGGCGCUCUCUUGCCGCAGCUGUGACCCCCGAGGGCCCGGCGCUCCUGCGGCCACCCUGAGCUUGCCUCACCAGCGUCGGCC